UACCAAGCAGGCAAGUCAGUCAAUUUUUGUUGGUAGUCUACACUGGUUAUCGUUCCCGUAUCGUGGCGGUAUCUUGCAGGAGGCAUUAUUAAUUUACAAAUAGAAAAGAUUUGUUGAUACCGAUGUAUCUAUAGCAGGCAUAUCAUUGCAGUGUUCCAACACGAUUAAGGGAAACGAGUAAUUGUAACAUAGUGAAGUUUAUUGCAUUUCGUGUAGUCUUGAGAUAUUGAUAAUUUUUUUUUAACUGCGAUAUCAGAAGUAGUCAUUCAUCAUGAGCAAAGUAUUGAAUGAGGUUUGUGAUAUGUUGGACACCUACACUGGCCGGGAUAAGAUUGUAAGAACACUAUGUUACACAACAAAACUUGCAUCUGGGAUGUACUCAAGCAAAGAUCCCAAUUUUGCUAAAAAAUUGGCCAUCUUCAGUUCCAAAAUGUCACAGACAAGGGCCACGCUGCGAUUACUUGACGACUUACCAAUGCUUAGUUAUUCACUCAGUUAUGGAACGGGUAGCAAGGAACCAGACAGAAUAAUGGGCCUUAUUGGCUUCAUUACCAACAUUAUUGACCAUGUGUACUAUCCAGUCGACAAAAUAUGCUGGAUGAUAGAAUACAAGCUCCUCAACGUAGAAAAUCCCACCAAAUGGGACACCAUGAACUCUAUCUUUUGGGUUGCGUCGAUAUACUUGAACCUUAUGAAGACAAUCCGAAGCUACACCGUAAUGGAACAGCACAAAACGCACAUCAAUAAACCAGAAAAUGAAUCAAGCCAAGCCGUAAAAAUGCUGCUGAUAAAGCAACGAAUGGAACUGAUCUCCAUCGUGAGACUUACGCUGGACUUAGUGCACGCUGGCAGCACUCUGCCCAAAGGAAUGCUAUGGGGUGGAAAGUUCGAAUCGUGGCAUGUGGGACUGAUUGGAACGAUUUCCUCCUUCAUCGGUCUUUAUCAGUACUUUGCCAAGAAGCGAAUCAUCAGCAAAAGUACAUAGUGGAUAAUGUCCGUCACCGAAAAGAAUGAAACUGUGAAUGUAAGAUUUUAUUGUCUAGAACAGAUCAAUCAAUUUAGAAUAACUUAUAGCAUGGAAAGCGAAUGCCAUCAUGCGUUUCCUGUGGAAAUAAUGCAUGGGAACUAAAACAUUGUGUAUAGUUUUAACAUUGUUAUGUUGCAAAAUAAAUUCGGAUGUUUAUGGUGGCGCAAAAAUGAGCUUCUAUUGCGGGUUGCGGGAAUUUUCCAUUGGUUUUGUAAAUAAAAUUCUAGUCAAUGCUA